AUCAUCAUCAGCAUCCAUCAUCAUCAUCAUCUACUAAUACCAACUCUACCAAACUCAUUCGUUUAAUACAUCACACCUCCAAAUCAACCACCAACCUCAAACCAUCACCAUGAAGUUCACCGCUGCCAUCCUCUCCCUUGCCAGCAUGGCUUCCGCUAUUACCGUCAGCUACGACACUGGCUACGAUGACGCCAGCCGCUCCCUGAACGUUGUCUCCUGCUCAGACGGCCCCAACGGUCUCAUCACCCGCUACGGCUGGCAGACACAGGGAGCCAUCAAGGGCUUCCCUCACAUCGGUGGAUACCAAGGCAUUCCCGGCUGGAACAGCAACCAGUGCGGUACCUGCUACGGCGUCACCUACAACGGCAAGACCAUCUACGUCCUCGCCAUCGACCACACCGGCGCUGGCUUCAACCUCGCCAAGGGUGCUAUGGACGAGCUCACCAACAACCAGGCCGCUUCCCUCGGCCGCAUCGACGCUCAGUACUCUCAGGUCGCUCUCAGCAACUGCGGUCUCUAAGCGUUUUCGCCCGCUUUUCUUCAGCAUGACAUGGAGGAUCAAACACACGACGACAAAGCAUAUCUUAAUGUUUUUUUUUACCGAUAAUCAUUCCUUGUGAAUAUUCGCAUAGCGUUUUGGAUUUUAUAUAUAGAGCAUGAGAGAUGGCGUUUAUAGCACACACUCCUUAAUGACGUAAUGCAAAAGCAAUUGAAAGACGAGCUUUUUGACCUUCUGUU